GGUAAGGGACGAACCCUAGUCGUUCACCUUGUUCGAGCCAUCUAGUGCGCUGAGCCGAAGCAAUAAGCGAUGGCGAAGACUCUGAUCUCUGUAGUCGUGGCUCUGAUACUCGUUUCGUCGACGCUCGGGAGCUCAGAUGUUCCGUUCAUCGUGGCCCACAAGAAGGCCUCUCUCACCAGGCUUAAGUCCGGCGCCGAGCGAGUCUCCGUGUCCAUCGACAUCUACAAUCAAGGAUCCACGACUGCAUAUGAUGUAAGUCUCACUGAUGAUAGCUGGUCUCAAGAUGUAUUUAAUGUUGUCAGUGGCAACACUUCAAUAUCAUGGGAAAGGCUUGAUGCUGGUGGUCUUCUAUCACAUGCUUUUGAAUUGGAGUCCAAAGUGGAAGGAAUGUUUUAUGGUGCACCAGCAGUCAUUACAUUCCGCAUCCCUACCACGGCUGCUCUGCAGGAGGCAUAUUCAACUCCAAUAUUACCUUUAGAUAUCCUUGCAGUGAGACCUCCAGAGAAGAAGUUUGAGUGGGCUAAGAGGUUGUUGGCAAAAUAUGGGUCCCAGAUCUCUGUGAUCUCCAUUGUGUCUGUCUUUGUGUAUCUGGUUGCCAGUCCAUCAAAAUCCGGUGCUGGGAAAGGAAGCAAGAAGAAGCGUUAACCAUUCAAGCUGAAAAACAAAACAAUUGGGUAGCAUAUAUGUGAUUGGGUUGGGCAAAGAGCAUCCCCUAUUAUGACCUGUCACAGUUUUCUUGCCCUGAAUUCAUGAGACUGUUUUUGAGAACUUCAGAAUAGGUAGUUUCUAAUUAGAAACUUCAAGAUGAGCAGAUUGGUUGGUCAGCGCCCGCCAGAAGGGAUUUAAUCUUUAUGUUUUAUUUGACUUUGUAUAUUUUUCAUAUCUGGUGACUACUUAAAAUUUUGCAUUGGAUACCUUUGCCCUUCGUUAUUAUCUAAUGCCCUGACUAGGACUCUGAUAUGGA